AUGCCCAAAGUUGGAUUUCCCCUCCCCCACGCCCUCUGCAGAUGGGAGCUCUUCCCUCCCACCAGCGGACAAGCCGACUCUGGGCUGAGGGCUGGGGGAGACGGUGCUGUCGCGAGUCACACUGCUCUCCGUGCCCCACAGCUGGAGCCGUAUAUGGAUGAGAACUUCAUCUCCAGAGCCUUUGCCACCAUGGGGGAGACUGUCGUGAGCGUCAAAAUUAUCCGGAACCGCCUCACUGGGAUCCCAGCUGGCUAUUGCUUUGUGGAAUUUGCAGAUCUGGCGACAGCCGAGAAGUGUUUGCAUAAAAUUAAUGGGAAACCCCUUCCCGGAGCCACACCUGCAAAACGUUUUAAACUGAACUAUGCCACUUAUGGGAAACAACCAGAUAAUAGCCCUGAAUACUCUCUCUUUGUGGGGGACCUGACCCCAGAUGUGGACGAUGGCAUGCUGUACGAAUUCUUCGUCAAAGUCUACCCCUCCUGUCGGGGAGGCAAGGUGGUUUUGGACCAGACAGGCGUGUCUAAGGGCUAUGGCUUUGUAAAAUUCACAGAUGAACUGGAACAGAAGCGAGCCCUGACGGAGUGCCAGGGAGCAGUAGGACUGGGGUCUAAGCCGGUGCGACUUAGCGUGGCGAUCCCUAAAGCGAGCCGUGUGAAACCAGUGGAAUACAGCCAGAUGUACAGUUACAGCUACAACCAGUACUACCAGCAGUACCAGAACUACUAUGCCCAGUGGGGCUAUGACCAGAACACGGGCAGCUACAGCUACAGUUAUCCCCAAUAUGGCUAUACGCAGAGCACCAUGCAGACAUAUGAAGAAGUUGGAGACGAUGCACUGGAAGACCCCACGCCACAACUGGACGUGACAGAGGCCAACAAGGAGUUCAUGGAGCAGAGUGAGGAACUAUAUGAUGCACUAAUGGACUGUCACUGGCAGCCCCUGGACACAGUGUCCUCUGAGAUCCCUGCCAUGAUGUAGCCAGAACCAGGAAGAAUGAGCUGCGUGCAAGAAACCACUUUUUUAGAAAACUGCAAAUACUUUUUUGGAAUGAAUUUUAAGUUUUUAAUAAUCUGAGAAUGACCACUUGUGCAAUGUUGUUUCAUAUCUAAUACCUGGUUUGCAAACCAAGCUGUUUCUACCUCUUCUGCAAAUGGCUUUCAAACAUUUUUUAUAGUAAACACAGAAUACUCAUGAACACUAAAGCUCUGAAAUUUCCCUCUACCUAGAGGGGAAUUGGAAGAUUUAUCAAUCUUCUGAAAAAAGUUGUACACUGGCUUUUAUUCCUGAGAUCUUUUCAGGGAGCUGGGCACUUAUCCUGGGGUUACAAUAACGAUCAAAGAGACACCCACAACACUAGCUGAAGCUGUGGUCUAAAGCCCUUGGGAAGAUGGCAGUAAUUUUCUGAAAGGGGGUGUAGGCAAAAUUAGGAAAUUAUGUUCUCUAAAAGAAUCUAAGGAUUAAAUGCCAUUUUGAGAAGGUGUAGUCUAAGCCAUGGCAUAUGUAUAUAAUGGCUAAAAAUGUCUAAAAAACUUUUAAGGAUUGAACACCAUUUUGACCUGGAAUAUUUAGAUGGGGACCAAGAAAUUAAAACAAUGCAUCACAUCA